GCAGCUAACUAAGAGUCUGGCCAGUCUGAUCUUGUGGAAUGCGUCUCUAAUGCUGACAAAGUUGAAGUGACUCACUUAAUGGAGAUUUCUAUGGUUCGCAGCUGGGGUCUGCAAAGGUGGAGCCAGUGGGGUGCUUCACUACAGGACGAGAGUGUCCAGCAGACACCUGGACACAGACGGCAUGCACAGCCUUUCAUUUAAAGUGAUGGUGAAGGCAGGAGAAAGGCCUUCUCGGGCUGCAGCACUGAGUCAUUGAGUGGAGAAGUGGGUAUCCUCACUCCUCGGCGGAUUUCCUGGCGCCAGCGGAUCUUCCUACGCGUUGCCUCACCCAUGAACAAGUCCUCUGCAGCCAUGCAGCAGAAAGGAACGUUGGAAGAUCACCUUGAUAGCAUUGAGCUGCCACCACUUUCACCGCUCACUCCAGCUGUGGAGGAGGAUCCCUUGGCCUCUCUGCUAAUGGCGGAUGAUGCCCCAGUUGGAGAGAAGAAGAAACGCUCUUCUGAGGAGCUGCGGAUCAUGUGGAGAAAGGCCAUCUGCCAGCAGAUCCUUUUGCUUCGGAUGGAGAAGGAAAACCAAAGGCUGGAAGCAAGUAGAGAUGAGCUUCAAAUAAGGAAAGUGAAAUUGGACUAUGAAGAGUUUGUGCUUUGUCACAAAGAGGUUUCUACAGUUUGGGAAAAAAUGCUUGCCACUCCAGGAAGGGCAAAGGUGAAAGUGGACAUGGAGAAGGUCCAUGCUGCACUUAGUCAAGGUGUACCAAAGGCUCGGAGAGGAGAGAUUUGGCAAUUCUUAGCCGAGCAGUACCGCUUGAGACACCGGUUACCGGAGAAACAGCAACCGGCAGAUAUCUCAUACAAAGAACUUUUGAAACAGCUGACUACUCAGCAACACGCUAUCCUGGUGGACCUCGGACGAACAUUUCCCACCCAUGCAUACUUCUCGGCACAGUUGGGAGCUGGGCAGCUCUCAUUGUUUAAUCUCCUUAAGGCCUACUCAUUGCUGGACAAGGAAGUGGGCUACUGCCAGGGCAUUAGCUUUGUUGCUGGGGUCCUCCUCCUGCAUACAAGCGAGGAGCAGGCCUUCGAAAUGCUCAAGUUCCUGAUGUAUGACCUAGGCUUCCGGAAGCAGUACAGGCCCGACAUGAUGUCUUUGCAGAUUCAGAUGUAUCAGCUGUCACGACUUCUACAUGACUAUCACCGGGAUUUGUACAACCAUCUUGAAGACAAUGAGGUCAGCCCCAGCCUCUAUGCUGCCCCGUGGUUCCUCACCUUUUUUGCCUCCCAGUUCCCACUGGGAUUUGUAGCCAGAGUCUUUGAUAUAAUGUUUCUCCAAGGGACUGAUGUGAUAUUUAAAGUGGCCCUCAGCCUGCUGAGCAGUCACGAGGCAUUAAUUCUGCAAUGUGACAGUUUCGAGACCAUCGUAGAUUUCAUAAAAUCGACCAUUCCGAAUCUGAGUCACACACAGAUGGAGAAGACUAUUGUUCAGGUAUUUGAGAUGGACAUUUCCAAGCAGCUGCAUGCCUAUGAGGUAGAAUACCAUGUGUUGCAAGAUGAGAUGGUGGAGAAUUCAUUGCCCAACGAUGAUGGAGACCGUCUGGAGAAACUGGAGAGAGCAAACUGUCAGCUCAAGAGACAAAACAUGGAGCUACUGGAGAAGCUUCAGGCCACUCGCUUCAAGAUACAGAAUCUGGAAGCCAGCAUUGAAAAUAUUUUAAGCAGAGAAAAUAAAAUGAAGCUCCUAAUCCGCACAAUGGAGCAGGAGAAGCAAUCGCACUUAAAGACUAUAGAACACAUGCGCAAAUAUUUGCCACAGGACGUCCUCAAUGACGGGGAGUUUCUGGCAAGGAAGAAUUCAGCGAUUUUCUCGUCAAGAAAGCCUGAAGCAGUGGAUGAGGAACUGGAUGGUAGCAAAAUGAAAAUAGGAAAUAAUAAGUCAUGAAAACUUCAAGAGCAAAACCCGGGCGACAGUGCUCUAGGAAGCUGAAUAGCCAUUCUGAUGAGGAAAGUGCAUGCUUUACUAGGCCUCUGAGUCACUAUGUCACAUGGUAUAUGGCUCAGAAGAAGUUGUAUGGAGGCCUUUGUAAUGUAAGAAUGGAGAACUUAGAAAGUGUGGUAUCCAAAAUGUCAUUUUUUAAAAAAAAAAUCAACUUAACAGUCCUUCACCUGACUUAUUUGGUGUUUAGUACAUUUAGCAUCACGGUUGGAAACUGUGCUUCAUGACUACAGCUUCUGUUGUAUUACUUAUUGUACUUCAGCAAGGGGAGCUACUUGAUCAUUAAGACAAAAGACCAAGGUGACGGUUCUAUGUCAAUUGCUCUUUUCCUGCCAUAUAUAGUUACUGGGGUGAGGAUGGUAUUCAAUCUGUCAAAAUCAUGUGGGAAAUGUAAAAAAAAUUAAAAAAAACAAUGUAUUUUCUCUUCAAGGAGCAAUGUGGUUUUAAUGUGAAGCCAGUUGGAAUUAUCGUUUAAAAACAGAAGGCAGUUCAUUUCGUUACAUCAACAAAAUGGUUGACUGGAGAAUGGAUGUGGCAUUUAACCAGCUCCACUUCAACUACACAUACUUACAAAGUGCCAAAUCCCACAGCUUUCAUGUUGGUUGAUGUUGCAGUGUGCCAGCAAAUCAUUACCUCUUUAUGGAAUGGAACCAGCUAAAGUCCAAAGAAGGACAAUGUUCAAAAUGGAGAUCAAAAGUAUUGGAACUGCUUCUACUGUUACUUCCACCCAUUGAGUUCCACAGUGCUUAAUUUUCCACUGUGUGCGUUAUAAAUAUUACCAAAUCAUAUAAAUUUAUGUCUGUAUACGAUGUAGGUUCUAUAAAACAAAAAAAAAGUUUCUUCUUUGUUGUUUCUGAUGUUAUUUGAAGCAUCUUCCAAAAGGCUAACUCAGACAUGUUCAAAUAAAAGAACAGAACUCCAAACACUGGUUAAAAUGAAUGCACAUGUUUGGAUUCGUACUUGUUUCUCAGUCUGGUGUACGCCAAAAAACAGGUUAUAUAUUAAGGUAGUGGAAGUGCUCAUGCGUGUGAAGAGAACUGGACUCAUUCCUAACUAGAACUUCCUCAAACAAUCUGGAGUUUCUAGAAGCAUAGAAUCAAACAACACAGAAAAAUGCCAUUUGGCCUGUGGUGCCUGGACGUAAUCUUUAAGACAGCUGCACAGUUUAAACACAGGCACCUACCUUUUCCCUGUAACUGUGCAACCUCUCCAAGGACUAAUUUUUUAUCGAGCAUUACUUUUGUGAAUAUGCCUUUUGCAGCAGAAACUGUUCUUAUUAGAGUAACAAAUGAUUUGGAAAGGUGAAGUUAUUUCAACACAGUGCAGACUGCUCCAGCUCAGGUAUUGAAGAUCAAUCCGAAAGUCACAGGGUUGUGUCCUGGUGUUAAAACUUGAAUCUGUCUUUGAAUAGGUUUCAAUUUGUGUUUUGGCCUCCAUAACAAACAAGGGUAUGUAAGGCUUAGUGUCAGGUGAUGUGUACUAAUUUCCAGGCAGAUCACAUGGGAGAUCAUAUUGUCCUUUCCAAAGAUUCCAUUUUACUCAGAAUCUGAAGUGACAUUUAAAAUAUAAUUGUUUUAUAAAGAUUAGUUUUCAUUCCAGUAGGCUGAUAAGACUGGGCCCUUCUGGGAAUUUAUUUUCUGCUGUUGUGAGGAAAAUAGUUGCAGAGAUUGAGGAAACUCAAAACCAUCCAUCAAAUAGAAGAGGGGAUCACCUCAGCUGAAGACCCUGAGCUGAUGAAAUUUUAUUCGACAAAAGUUGAUGUCCACAGGGUAAUACUUGGAAAUAUGGAUGCUGCUAGAGACUGAUACUGCACCUACCAUCUGUUCACUUCCAGUUUGACAGAUGGCCUUGGAUAGUGCCUACAUUAUCCUGCCCAUCCAGUACUCCUGAGGGUGACAAUCUGGGUUGCUAUCAGAACCGUCAGAGAUCCUAAAAUCACUCCACGAAUAAAUAGUGAACUCUGAUCUACCAUCAGAUUGCAGAACUAAUUUCUAAGUGCUUUGUCCAUGAGCAGUUGCAAAACCUGCUACCCGUGGUCUUCAAAAACCUGUCUCACCAACCUCCCACAAGACAAAGAUUGGAAAAUCAGCACCAGUUCUCAGAGACAAUCAAUAUUCUGAGGACUCAUUUGGUGUUGGUUCCUUACCAGGAUGUUAAGUGGCGAGUUCUUCAAAUGUCACAAUUUUGGCCUCAUGUAACCUAGCAGCAGUUAUGUCAAGCAGUUGAACUUUGGUUCGACCACACUUUUGAGUACUGUCUGCAGUUCUGUUUGCCACACUAUAAAAAAUAAAGGAUGUAGAGGCAUUGGAGAGGCUACAAAGCAGAUCUCAAGGAGAAUACCAAGAAUGCAUGGGGAUCCAACCUGGAAAGUGUUUGAGUAUUUAGCUCUCUUGGAAGAAGGUCGAGUGGUAAUCUCUACAGUUCUUUAAAAUUAUGAAAGAUUUUGAUAUGAGUAAACCCACAGGGCAUGUUUCCUCUUGCUUGGAAGAACAUGACAAUAUAAAAUAGUUGCCAAUUAAUUCAAUAUACAAUUCAGGAGACACCUCUUUAUCUAAAGAGUGGUGAGAAUGUAAACCUUACACUUUACUGGCUCCUAUCAUAGUAUAAUAUAGUUGGAUUUAAGUGGAAGCUAGAUAAGCAUCUGAAGGAGUGGGGUAUAGAGGUCUUAUAAUAAUGGAUUUACACAAGGAAAGAAAGCACCUUGCUUGAAUAGAGCACAAAAGCCGGCAAUUAAUAAUAAAAAAGUUUUUUGCAGCUAAAUCACCAUCAUCCUGGGUAAUGGUUUGGGAAUCAUUCUACAGGAUGGCUUGCAACUGAUGAGGUAUCUAAGCAGGCAAAGAGAGAGGGCCUCUAGGCCUGCUGGGAACACUUGGCCUAAUUUACUCCAUCCCUGUCCCAAUCAAUGAAUGGCUAAUUCAGUUGCCCUUGAAUGGUUAUUUUGUCAUUUGUGCUCAUCUCUCUGAUUUAUCUGUACAUUUUCACUUCUGUUCAUUUCCAAUAAACCGUGAGUCUGUAUUACUGUCUAACAAAUGUAACAAGCCAUUGAUUUAAUGUUUCAUCUCUAACCAUAUUAAUGCUGUAUGAACUUCCUUUUAUGUACAUUAGUUCUCCUGACAGGAUACCUGUCCUUCUUCCCAAACAUUGGCAUGCCUCUUUACCCUUCUGAAAAUAUUAAAUUGAUUUGAACA